AUGCAGAGAGCCGCAGCUCCUACCAGGUGGGAAUCGCCUGCAAAACGUUCGCAUUUUCCAGACGUCCUUGGGAACGAGAAAAAAAAGGGUCGCGUAAAUUGAAAGGGCGAAAUCAAGGACGAACAAAUUAUUGCUCAACUGAGCACGAAAAACGGGAAUUCAUUGAGGUUUUGGGUUGAAAAACGGUCAAAUUUUGAAUUUUUUUCGAUAUUUCUUUCAUAUCAAACUCCUACUGUGUAAAAAAGCAUUCAAAGACAAAUUUUCGAUCAAAAAAAAAAAGAGAAAAAUUCGAAAUAAAGGCAAAAAAAAUCAUAAUUUUCAAGAGCUUCUGACUCAAAAAGAAGAAAGAAAAAAAUAAUUAUAGGAAGCGAUUGAGCCUCUAAAUAGUCCAAAAUAGCGGUACCCAAGCGGAUUCUAUCAUAAAUCAUUGAAGUCAGCAAUUUUCUGGGGCUUUUUUUUGGCUGGAUAGUAGAAAGACAUCACUCGAACUUCAAAAGAUCGAGAAAAAUCUCAAAAAAUGCACUAGUCUAUCAUUUCAUGUAGUAUCAGUGCCAAAAAAAAAAUACAGGCCUCGAAAAAUGCUUCAAAAAAGCUCGCCAUGAGUUCAAAAAAGAACAAAAUCUUUGUUAAAAGCUCAAAAAGCUCGAUUUAAGUCCAAAAAAGACAUAAUCAAACGUAAAUCUUCAGCUAUUGCAGGCCAAACGACUUCUGGAAGGGUCAGAAUUUUCAAGAGGGUCAUUUUAAGCUUCUGACCAAUCUAGAAUCAACGCAGAUCUUUCUGGUCGCAUUUGGAAUGGCUCAGAUCGACCGCUCUGGUAAAAGGCUUUCAAGAACCAUUACCUCAAGCUGAAUGUCUCAAAAAAAUCCACAUUAAACAUCGAAAAAUUCACAGAGUCAGUAAUAAGUCCAGAAGAAGCUUCUGGAACUCCGAAAACUGCUCAAAAGGGCUAAAAAGCCCGCCGUGAGCCGAAAAAGGGCCAUACUGCGACAAAAAUGUCUAACGACCCAGUGGAAAGGCUGAAGCUUCUACCUCCAAAAUUUAUAGUGAAAAUACCAUAAAAAGUUGAAGAAACACCGGAGAAAACUCCAAGCCGCUACAUGAAUCGAAAGACGCUCAGGAGAAGCUCAAAAAGAGUCGCACCAGGUUCGAAAAACCUGCUGGAAGGUACAUAAGAAAAGGACAGGAGAAGCUCAAAAGCUCGAGUCCAAACGUGAAUGUGAGCCAUUCCAGGGGACUAACGACCCAAUCGGCUUCUGGAAAAGGCCGAACAUUUUGGAUGGCUCUAGGGGUCGGCGGCGGCGGCUGAGAAUGCGAAAGAGAUGGCGGCGGCGGCUGGCAGAGGAGAAGCUGUUGCCUCCUCCGCCGCCUCUCUCUCUUUGAUGGCUCCAACUCUCGCGGGCGCUGGUCCAGCUCUCGCCGGAGUGAGAGAGAGAGACUAACUCUUUGCCAAACACUACAUACACCCGAGCGGUUGUAUGUGUGGGGUGUGCCAGUCGGAAGAGAGAGACAGGAAGAGAAAGGCCCCGCGUUCGCUCAGCAGUCGCCGACGCGAUCGAUGGCGACGCCGAUGUCGCGCUGCUGGUCACAAUAUUUGCGAACAGUUGUCGCGCUUGUCAUCGCACUGUACCUACUUUCAUGUACUCUCACGAAGGCACAAAAUGA